ACCCUUCAAACAAGACUGGAACAUUCCAUUAUUUACACUGCAGGGGGAGGGGUGCUAAUAUUGUUGCACUUGUCUUAAACUUGCCUAUUAAAAACAAACAAACAAACAAACAAACAAAAAAAAAAUAACCAAAAGGUGCACAGUUUCAUGUUUUAAUGCUGGAAAUAUGGACAAUAAUCUGGAGAAAUGAAAGCAAAUGAGUCAAAGCAAUAUAAUUUUAACGGAAACAAACACAAAACAGGAAUAUGCGAAUAACAUGUGAGGCCUGUAUGUAUAUAUAUAUAUUAAGUUGAAUGGGCAGCAGACUAGACUGAACUGCUUGUAGUAAGCAAAUGACGUAAAAUCAGAGACUACAUGAGAGUCGGAGGACUUUAUCUACAUCAACAUGCAGCUUUUUGAUUUUAGACCCUUUAUUAUUGUCUGUUUUUGCUGAAGGUUUUCUGUUGUUCCGGUCGGUUGCCAUGGAUAAAGUUUUACGCCGGACAACAGGAAGUAUGAAAAGCGUCUCUGGCUGUCCAUUCGCCAAUAUUUAUCCAGAAGAUGGAGGUAUAUUUGGGGCAGCGUCUCUCUGUGCAUGCCCAGCUGCUCUGCCCGACGGAUAUUUCGACCCGUUUGUCCACGGUGUCCUGAGAUAUGAGGAGUGACAUAUUGCUAAUCACCGUAACACAAGAGGCCAUGUUUGUCGGUUACAUGAGGACAAUGGAAAGAAGAGGAAUUUGUUAUCAGUUAAUUAGAACUGCGCCUCGGCUCCCUGUAUAUAAUAGUGCGACUCUGCGGGGAAGAUGGGCGGGGCCUAUGGACCAAGAGAGGAGAGAAUGGGCGGGGCGUGUUAGCCCAGCGCGUUCCGAUGACCCCGCCCACUUUUUCACAACUAAUGACUGUAAAAUUCCAAGCACACUUGACCAAGAGGACAGGACAGUGCUGCCUACCAUCCCAGCACCAUCUCAAGGUGUACCUCUGCAGAGAAUAACUGACAAGGAUUUCUUAAUCACGUGCUUAACACGACAAAUUGAGUAUCUACACAUAUCUAAAGGAUUGACUGCACUAAAGAAAGAUCCAUCAGCCAGGAGUGUCGAUUUGGUGCAUGAGCCAGCCAUCUGCUGUGACGGCCCAGGAUCUGCCAAUGUUCUGAGACAUCAUCAUAACAACAAGCUAAGGAUGCUGACACACAGGUGGAAGAGGCUUGGUCUCCAAGAUCCUGUCAGUAGUAGUAACAGGAAUGACCACACACCUGAGCAAAACCAAAGAACGAACCAACUUGCACUGAAAACGGACUCUUUACUUAAAAUCAUCCCCAUGAAGGCCAGCCAAGCCGCAGUUCAAAGAGAAAACGAGGAAAUAAAUCGUGUAAGUUCGAACAGUUCUGAAGUUGGACUUUCAGAAGGGAAAGUAAAUGACAAACACUCAUCGUCUAAGACAUCAGGAUCAUCAGAGUGCCACACUGACAGUGACCUUUCAGAUCAAGAGCAGGAAAGCAUUGAUAUGUCAAAGUGGGCAGCAGCCAUGGACCUGGACUUGAAACCAGAGCCUUUUGAUGAAGACCUGGACCAUCAUUCCACAGAAACAGCAUUUUACCCAGAGGUCCUUCCUGCUUCACUCAAAGUCCUGGACUCCACUCAGAAUCUGUCCUCUGAGAUUCAGCAAAGUCUUUUUGUGACCGAUCCUUGCCUUGCUCCUGUAAUAGCACGCCUGACCGAGUUAGAAAGGCUUCAGGCUGCUACCGUGCAGAAAGAGCGAGCAAAGCUAGCGCGAUCCCGACCAACUACCGCUACCACAAGAAACGGCAAUCGUUCGAGAAAAAGCGACCUUCCAGGAUGCAACACGGGGGUUUCAAUGGAUGUUAUGUGUAGUUUUAACAAGCUCAUGAUUUGUCCCAAAUCUUCAUGCAAAUGCAGACAUCAUACUUGCUCUUCAACAAAACCAGACCAAGGAAGCAGGAACAAGUUGCCACAUCCCCCUUUACCUAAACGUCCUGACCGUAUGUCAGGCAAAUGCAAAAAAGCUGAAACUGUGCUCUCAAAUUUCUCUGUUAGUAUGAAGGUCCAACAAAAACCGACAGUGCUAAACAGGACCAAGAGUCCAAAGACACAGAAAGGCUCAACUUCGGCCAAAAAGGCAACAGUUCCCAACAGGAAAACUUAAUCCUGGUAUUCAUCAGUGGUGGAUGUUUUGUCAUUUAGUAAUUGCAGUGCUGCAAGACUUUAAUUAUAUCAGAACAUACGUUCGUAUAAUUAUGGUCAGAAGUGUUUAUUGCUCAAAAUAUAAGCAAAACAUUGGGUGGAAAAAGACCACAGGAGUAUUACAGUUUUUUUUUUUUCUUUAUUUACUCAUGGUUUUUAUAUAUAUAUAUUUGUCAUUAUACACUGUACAUCUGUUAAAUGAAUAUGAAUGCAGUAUUUGAACAGUUCAUUUGAAAAGUCCUCAUGUCUGCGAAUAAGUGAAGAGACGAUGGGCUUCUUUUAAAAGGGAUUUCAGCAAAAGGGUGGGCGACUACUCAGGUUAUCCUCUUUGUAGGCCUGUCUAGUGAUCAGAACAGGAAAUGUUGACUUACCCUAAAAUAAAGACAAAUUCAGGUUAGUGUUGAGGAUCGUGCGUAAAGACACGGCUCAGUGAAAAAAGAAGGGUAUUACCUGGCAGUUGGUCAAUUUGGCUAUACCACCAAUUUAUUACAAUGUUUCAGAAAACAAGAAAGGACUUCCUAUAAAUGUAAUACAACUGAAGUGAAACUAUGAGAGACUCUCUGCAGGUGGCAUGGGCUGGCUGUUUGGAGGUGUUUAUUCCAGAUUUUGUGAUGCUCUUUAAUCAAAAGCCUACACAGUUCCCCAGAAAUCUCCAUUACUUAUUUCUUUCCAGCCAAGUGGUGCGACACUUUAUAACAUAACUCUACCUGCAGAACUAUGGCUCAGACAGUGAUUAAUGGCUGACAAAUGAAGACUGAUAAGCAAAAUGAGGUGUCAUUUGGUGUAAAAGUGUUGCGUAAAGGAAAAACUAGUAAAGAUCACUCUCUAAAGCAAAAACCUUUGGUUAGAUGUGAGUCCCUUUAAGAGUCUUCUCUAACGGACAGCACCUAAAAUACAGAGAACAAAUGAACCAGUAUCUCUUUUUUUCCCCCAGUGUGGUUAACAGUCAUUCACCAACGUCAGUACAAUCUGAAGCGAUGCAUAAAACAUCAGUCUGUUCACUUAACUGACUUGUUUAAAGGCUAAAUGUAUUCUAGCUUCCACUUUGAUAACACAAUAUAUACUACAUGCUAUAAAGUACACAAAAAUGUUAACGAUUCAAGCAAUACCACUAUGAGUCUUUGAGUUGACUUUUCAUGAACAUCUGGUAAAGAGCUUAUAACAUCAUUAGGGGUAAUCUGUGAGAAAAUGUGUUGCGCAAUCAUCAGCUCCCUUGAAUUUUUACCGUUAAUACCCAUUACACACGGACACAAAGAUAUUUUGCUGAUCCUCAUUCAUAAUCAUUUAUAUAAAAAUUCAAAUUAGAUUGGUUUGAGACUUGGAAUAAUCCAAAGCCCAAAACUAGAGCCCAUGUUUACUAUGAACUUUAGCAGAGCUAAAAUGAUGAAUAGCAAAAUGUCUAUUUUCACACUAUAAUCAGUUAUAUGCAUUCACACUGCUUAAAGAUGAAAAAAAAAAAAUAAGACUGUAGGCAAAUACUGAGUAGUGUGAAGGGGAUGUAUGAAAGGUCUGGGAAAGCACAAACUCAAGAGCAAAGCAGAAAUUUCAACACCCUCCAUUUCAGUUAGACUGGUCAUUUCUGUCUAUGCUAUGUUGGAGCUACACAUGCCUUUAAGAGUGACCUGGGCAAGGGGUCUUGUGGAGGUCUUGUCUCUUUGAGAGCAGAGGCAGGCUGGAGGAUGGUGCACAGAGAAGAGCCUCCUUUGGCUGGAGAAUAUAAUCUCUCUCUCGCUCUCUCAGCAACCACAAGGGAACAGUGGGAGAAACAUCACAAACAGCAGUUAGUGUCAGUGAAACUUACGAAAUGUAUAGUGUAUGGUAUCUAAAACCAUGAUUACCUGCCACUGGGUGCACACAAAAACAGACCGGGAGGUCUAUGACCAUAUUUUUCUUACUUUUUCCUCCACAUCAAGCAUUUUCUUUAUUUUAGACUGGUAUAUUUUAUUUUAGACUUGUAACACACAAUUAUAAAUGUACAAUUAUGCAAACUAAUUUUUUUUUUUUUAACAUGCAGAACGAGGUAUGGAUAUUAUACAAGUCGAAUGAGCUAGCUCUGG